AUGGAUGCUUUCUUGAAUGAGGUGCAUAAGAAAAAGGUUAAUGACGCAAUUAAGCAAAGAAAUCAGGAAAAGAAACUUCAAGCUCAAGAUCUCAACUCGGUUACUCAACCAUGCAAUAGCGCAAUAUCCGAAGCAUCAGCUACAAAUAUUCCAGAAUCUUCUAAUUCAGAUAAUAAUGAAAUUAUUUCCCAAGAUAAAGCUGGUAAGAUACAUAAGAAAACGGGAGUGGAUCAUAAAAAAGAUACAUUACAAGAUAGUUUACGCAAGAAAACUCAGAGAGCUGAAAAAGUAUAUAAAUUUUUUGAACAAGUGGACAUAAAUAAAAUUAGAUAUAUUAAAUUCUAUAGUGCAACUUUUAUUUUAGAGCUUACUAAUGAGCAAAUUCAAAAGAUAUAA